AUGCCAAGAUCGAUUGCCGGCGUCUUCAGCAUGCGGUUCAAGCUGCUUCCACGAAAUAUGCCGUACUGCGAACAGUCUUCUUUCUUCACGACGAGUCUACAGAUCAGGUUCUCCGCCUUCUCACAAGCGCAGAAGCCUUAUGAUAAGUAUAACAGAGAUCUUUCACCUGCCAGCACCCGCCUGGGAUCACUAUGGCCACCAUCAUCUAAAACAGCUUGGGUCCUUUGCCUGACGCACAUGGCCAGUACUGAUAACAUAGUCUUCGGUCAGCUCGUCAACGGCCGCAAUCUGGGGCUACCGGAGGCCGAAGCAGUUAUAGGAGCCUGUGUUAAUUACGUGCCAGUCCUAGUGACUCUUCAAGCUGCUUGCACCGUGUCGAAACUCCUGCACGCAGUUUAUGAGUACCAGACCCGGAGCAUGGCCGUUGAGACAAUUCUGAAGAUGACGAUCUGGUAG